AGUUCGAAAGCACUCGAGUGAAAGAGUCAAGUAGUUUUAGGGUGAUCGCGGUGUAGUGAUUCGCGUACGGAGAUUUUUCGGUAAGGAUCGCGCGAGUGAUCGUGGGGGGUGGGUGUUGUUGUGGUGAUUUCUGGACGACUGUUCCAGAAUUUCGACGAGCGAGUGCUGCUGAAGAUCGCGAUCCUCCAUUGCGUUGAUGAGUGACAGAUCGAUUACGGAUAACCGGGGGGAGAAAUUCCAGCGGGGAGUCGCAGCCGAAGAAACCGGAUUUUUGGCAUUUCGAGGAUCGCUGGGGUCAGGCGACGACCGCGUAGAGAUGCUGUGACUGCUGACAGUGUAAUCACCGAUGUGUGUUGAAGAGUUGCAGUGAUUGCGGAAAUUACCGUGUGUCCAAAGGGAAGAGUGGUCAUUUUGAAAUCGUGAAGUUCUGCUGCAAAGAAGAAAGCUUGGAAGCCAAAGUGAGUGAUGGUCAAAAUAAACGCGUUUUAAAAAUAUUUUCGUGACGUCUGAAACGCGUUGGAUGAAUCUCGAAGCUAGGUUGAAGUGAGAGGAUGCUGGCGAUCGUGUUUGGGUAAAUUUCGGAUAUUACGUAGUCCAGACCGGCUACGCCAUGUACUUCCUCCGGUUCUGCCAGCUGCCGGAGUCGGCCUGUAUUGGAGGAGGAGGAGGUAGCGGUGGAGGUUGUGCCUAUACCAAGAUCUACGAAGAUGUCGAUCUAAGACACAGGCCCAACGCCACUAGUCCUCAACAGCAGCAGCAGCAACAACAGCAGACGACAAGCACCCAGAACCAGCAGCAGCAGCAGCAGCAGCACAACACCCUGUCACGUCGCAACUCGACCGGAAGCAGCGUGCUGAACGGCGGCAUGAACAGCCAUACGGCGGCCAUCAAUCUGCAGUCGUCCGCCGGGCAAUCAGUGGCAGUGGUCGGCCAUCACCGGGGCUUCUCGUCGACGGUGGUGGCGGCAGCGAACUCGGCCGCGGCCGCCGGCGACUGUCCAUGGUUCAUGCCGCACCAGAUUCCCCCGCAGGCCCCGGCCCGGCAGCACAAACGGCCCGCGCCCCAGCCCGGCGUUGGCCACGGCGGACUGAUGCCACAGCCACCGCAGUUUAUUAACCCGCCGCCGGCGCCCCAGCAGCAGCAGCAGCAGCAGCAACAACAGCAGCAGAUGCCACCACCGCAAUUACCUCCACACAGUAACAAUCAAAGUCUAAAUUCCAUCCACCAGCAGCAACAGCAACAAGUGCAACAUCACCAGCAGCCACCCCUACCACAGCAGCAGCAGCAGCUUCACUCCGUCGGCAUGGUCCCGUCGACGGCUCACCACAUACCAAAAUCCCCGAACCAGCAUCCGGUGAAUCUGCAACAUCCGGCGGUCAACCAGCAGCAGCAUCCGGCCGCACCGAAUCUCAUGUCCGCGUCGAUGAACAGCGUCCAGUUGCAGAACCACAUCCAGCAGCAACCGCCAUCGAUCAGUUCACUUCCGCCGCACCCACAGCAGAUUCCACCCCCGCAGCAGCAGCAACAGCAGCAGCAAGUGAUGUCCAACUCGAUGCACAGUCAAAUUGGUCUCCCAUUGACGGCGGUGGCAGCGGCCAGUGUGGUUGAUGGUGGAAGUGGUGGGGCCACGGGAGGAUCGGCAGGACCAAGCAGUUGGAGUAGCAGUGCUGGGGCGGUAGGGGGAGUUGGGGCAGCUGGGGCGGCGGCCUCACUUUCGCCAACUGCGGCGGCAGCGUCCGCCCAGAGGAGGGCAGAGUUGAACGCGAAGCUGAAUGCGAUGCCAUGGUUCCACGGGCGGAUAAAGCGCGAGGAGGCGGAGAACCUGCUGCGGCCGCGCGAGGACGGUCUGUUUCUGGUGCGCGAGUCGACCAACUUCCCCGGCGACUACACGCUGUGCGUGUGCUUCAACGAGAAGGUCGAACACUACCGGAUCAAGUACGCGGAGAACAAGCUGACGAUCGACGAUGACGAGUACUUUGACCACCUCGGCCAGCUCGUGGAGCAUUAUACGCUGGACUCGGACGGACUGUGCACGAAGCUGAUGAAGGCCCUGCCCAAGGAGGAGUUUUGCGUCAAGGACUUCCAGGACAACGGCUGGGAGAUCAAGAUGGAGGACCUGCAGCUGAAGGAGAACAUCGGCAAGGGCGAGUUUGGGGACGUGAUGCUGGGCAUCCUGAAGGGCGACAAGGUCGCGGUCAAGGUGCUCAAGGACGCCGCCCGGGCAUCGAACAAGUUCCUGGCCGAGGCGGGCGUUAUGACAACCCUCGAGCACGAAAACCUGGUCAAGUUCAUCGGGCUGGUGUUCCACGACAAGUACAUCUACCUGGUGACGGAGUUCAUGAGCAAGGGCUCGCUGGUGGACUACCUGCGGUCGCGUGGCCGGCAGCACAUCACCCGCCGCGAUCAGAUCAACUUUGCAUUUGAUACCUGCUCGGGCAUGGAGUACCUGGAGCUGAAGAAGGUCAUCCACCGGGAUCUGGCCGCGCGUAACGUCCUAAUCUCGGAGGAGUGCGUCGCGAAGGUGUCGGACUUUGGGCUGGCGCGGGACGAGCGGUACACGGCGGACAUCAGCAAGCUGCCGAUCAAGUGGACGGCGCCGGAGGCGCUCAAGGAGGGGAAAUUCUCCAACAAAACCGACAUGUGGAGCUUUGGAAUCUUACUGUGGGAGAUCUACUCCUUUGGGCGCGUUCCGUACCCGAGAAUUCCCCUGGCGGACGUGGUGAAGCACGUCGGCAGCGGCUACAAGAUGGAAGCGCCGGAGGGCUGCCCGCCCGAGAUCUACGAGAUGAUGCGCCAGGCGUGGGACCUGGUACCGGAGAAGCGACCCACAUUUGCGGAGCUAAAGCGACGGCUCGCCAUCUGCAAGCGGGAAACGGCCCAGACGUACGUGGCGUAAGUAAGUUCGCCGCAACAACAACAACAAAAACAAAAUCGCCAUUAUUUAUCGAUAGCUAUUAUCGUGAAGAACACGUGGGAGGGAGGAGGGCAGAACAAUAGGUAGAAAAGUAUGUCGAUACAAGAUUCCUUAAAGUGUGUGUGAGAGAGAGGGAUACUAACCAACAGGUAGAAAAAGCCCAAAAGUUUGCGUGCUAGAUUUUAGGUGAAUUGUACAGUUAGUUUUGUUUUUUUUUAUGUUUUAUAAAAAUCUACCCGACGAUCGUCCACGCGCGCAUUGCAAUUUUGGUACGUCCAGAUUAGUUCCAGCUUAUUAUGCAAACUUUUUUUUUCUUUGUUAAGGUAAUUAUUAUUUUUAUAAUUAUAAUUUCUGUUAUCUUAUCUGCUAGUAAGCUAGUGUAAACUUAUUUAAGGAAGAAAGAUGAGGAAGCAGUUUGUAAGAUAACAACAGAUCAUUGUGGAAUCAUUUGUGAGAGUGUACAUAAUAAAAAAAAACCAUCGUACCAAGCUAUCAUCAAUGCUCGCGUUAGCAGCGAAAGCAACUAAAAGUUUGCAAAACUAAAUUAUUCACUAAUUUCACAAAAGGAAAUCAAAAAAAAGUUAAACUGGAAUGUGUAAAAGUUCUUGUUUUCUUUUUUGUUCGUGUAGAUUAUCAUCCAGUAAUAUUUAAGAAGAAACGAGAAAAACACCCAGAAUAUUUAUUUAACCAUUAAACAAACUAAUAACAAAAGAAACUGAGUGUGAACCGGCAGCACAAUGCGUUCAUGGUCGGGGAAAGACAAUCAGCGCAGCUACAAAAUGUUUCGUUCAGAAUGUGAGGAUUUCAAUGUUUGUUUCUAUCAGUUUGCAGCUGUUGUUUUGUUACGACUUACUUUCAAUUCACACAUCACUCACAUGAACUAAUCCACCUUUUGUCUAACUCAACAUUGUCUGAAUAUUGGUUUUAUCGAAAGUUGAACGAAAAUGUUGCAAAAGGUUUAUUGCGAAUAGUCAAUUUCAACAAUUGAAUUUUUUUUUUGCUUCAAAUUUCAGUCUUGAUUCAAUGGUUCUAAUUUAACGUGUUUCAUAAAUUACGAACAUCUGUAAAGAAAUACUAGUUUUUCUGUGACCAAAAAAGGCGUGUUACUUCAUUAGUUGGUCCAUACAUGUCUGCAUACGAUCGAUCGAUUUGGUGUCUUCGGCAAAGUUGUAAGCAAACUGGACUCCAAAAAAAAUAUUACACUUUUUAAAAAAUGUGUUUAAUUCGUCUUUUUACUCGCAAGAAUUGUAUCAAAAUAAAAAAAAAUGCUAUAUUUCGAGCCAUGGCGCAUAUUUGUCAAAAAUAUUUUUUUUUCGAAAAGAACAUUAUUUUCGAAAACUGUGGAAAAGAAGCCAUGACCUGGCUUGAUCAUCCAUGAAAGUAUUUUUUUCCAAACGAUCAGAAAAUUUCCUCUAAAUUAACUGCAAAGAAAAUGAAAAUUGGAUCAAUGGUUGCUAAGAUACUGCCUCUGAAAGGGAAAUAAACAGGACAAAUGAGGGUUUCUCUACAUCACCAGCUUACAAAAAAAAUCAAAUUAUUCUUUUACAUUUGAUAAGACCCAAAAUACUAAUUUCUUACCGCAUGAUGAAAUCCAAUCUACAACCAAUAACAUAACCAAACUUUUCAGCACCCUUAGCAUACAUCAAAUCAGUACAAAUUUCUGACGGAUCUUUUUCCGGAUCUCCUCCGGAUCCGGCUGCAAUUUUGUAUGGUUUGACGUUUACGGGAAGAGUUGUCAAAAUGUAAACAAAUCACUUCGCCAUGGCGAAUACAAAAUGUCAAAACAUAGUUUUGACAGUUUCGGUGGUUGUCAUUUCGUCGUUUUCGUCUUGUCGCACGUGCAUUUUGGGCCAAAUUGAAUUGCGAACGCCAUUUUGUACAGCUCUCAACAAAAACCGAAAAAAAAAUCCGUACAGUGUUACCACUCUUCAUAUGAAAGAAGUUUCAAUCUUGUCGUGCUAUCUUGACACACCCUGAAAAUUGCUCUAAAUGCGACAAUUGGCCAAAAGGAUUUCAGGUCAGAACGCGUUUGACACACGUAUUUGCCCGACUACUGUAAACAUUUUUAUUUCUAUCUUGGGACUCCAGAAAGUUCAAACAAUCUUCGGGACAAUGCACAGAAUGGUCAGCCAAGGAAAACGUGUUUGUUAUUGUUUACAUUGCGUGCUACAUUUGUUGUUUAUUCAAGGUCAAAUUCAAACAUUAAAACGCGUUUUUGUCGGAACGUGAAAAAGCGACGUGCGACAAACAAAGCUUUCCAUCGUUGGAAUAUCACCAUUCAAAAUUAUUCCAAUCUCGUCACCCUCUUUCAAUAUCAUCAAAAUACCUUUUGUUCUAAAAACUACAGAAUUAAUGGUAAAAACUUUGUUUUUAUUUUAUUUUAUUUUUAACGUAAAAAAAACAAAAAAAAAAGAUGGACCUUAAACAAAACUCCACAAAUAUGUUUUUUAUGAUUUCAUUAGCCUAGUUAAUUUAUUGGUGAAGCCUUCAAACAAUCGAGUCUGGACUGUAUUUGAAAAUUAUUUAAGUUUCAUUUUCCAUGUGUUCCAUCAACAAAUCCUUCAAAUAUUCUGCACGCUAAUUUAGGUUGACACUUUUUCCGUGUUACUCUCAACUUUAGUUAAUACUGAACCCAAUCUUAAAUGAAUUUAACAGGUUGCUUUUUCUUCAGUUUUGGAAUAAUAUUUUUAAAGGAAAUCGCCCUUUUGAUCAAAUCUGAGGAAAGUUUUCGAAAAUAUCUCAUCAAUGAUUUUUUUGGAUGAGAAUUUUUUUACGCAAAUUUCUUCUUAGAUAAACAUCAGUAAUGAGUAUAAAAUUUAGUUUUUUCGCUCAGUCCUAAGUGAAAUUCACACGAUCUUGUUAGAAUAUACGUUGAUGCCAUCCUAAUCAUUACGAAUUAUUUGGGACACAAAUUGACUUCUUUUUUGCUUAAAAUAUGAAAAACUAAAUUUUUCUAGCAUUCGCAGUAACCUUUUGCAACAAAUCAGUUUGCAUUUUGAUCUACUUUUCGCACUGUCCUAAUUCUACGUUUUCUAACCAAACAACAACCAAGUUACACUUAUUUAUUCAUUUUUAUACUUAAAUACAUUUCAAAGCAAAGCAACGCGGGGUUGAGUAACAACAACACCCAGAAUCAGUUAAGCUAACCGCAAGGCAAAAAACCAACAACCUAAACUAGCAUUUGCAGCCACUACAAAAAUAAAGAAAAGCAGAAAUACGACACACAAACAAAACUAACGAUAUGAUAUUCAUAUUUGUAACUUAUCACACUGAAGAGACGAGGAAAAAGGAUUAAAAUCGCACGUGUUUGAUGAGUUGUGUAAAAAAGAAAACAAAACAAGAAGCUAGUUUUUAGUCGAAAGCGAGUACGGUAAAGCUAUUCAAACAGUCAUUUUUUAUAUAAAUAUGUAUAUCUAAAUCGAAUAUAUUGACAUUGUAUUGUGUAUUUGGCGCGUAAACCAUCUUAAACACACACUCGUAAAUAUCAUUGUGAAUUGAAUUGAAAGCAGUAAAAUUGUGAGUUGAUUAAAAUUUAAACAAGUAACGCAAAAAGCAAAAAUCAUCUAAAAAUAUACGAUUGUUAGUUCGUUUGUUUGAACGAGAAUGCGCGUGUACAAAGUUUUGUGUGAAUGCAUUUUUUUUAAUUAUUAAAAUUUGUGAGACGAUUUGGUUCAAGCACACUACUGUUUAAUAGAGGAAUUUUAAUAUGUUUUUAGCGCAGUAAUGAAGAAGAAGGCAGUUUGUUUUACACACGUAAUAAUAACUAAUUUUCCUACAAUGAGCGAGCGAAAGAAUAUUCCAACAUUACCAGAGAGAAGAAGUGGGAAGGGCAGGUUUGCUUCUGGUUGAUUUCUCCUUUCGGUUGAGAGACUAGAGUUCACAUUCGAUACCCUCCAUAUUUGUUGUUUAUUUCAUUUUUGUUUAGAGAUUAUUAUUGUUUUUAAUAUAUAUUUAAAAUUCGGUCUACCAUCACAGAAGGAAGAAAGAAAAUUUAGCAAAGGUUGCAAAAAUUGUACAGAGACAAAAGACAAAGUAAAAUUAACCAGACAGAAAGCUAACAAUUUACUCAAAGAAUAAAAAAAUAAACUAAAAAAAAGCAAAAGUACUUAACAUUUUUGGCUAAUAAAACAAAAACACAAAUCUAUCACUUUACUACUACUACUACUACAAAGAAAAAGAACCAAUUUGAAUUUCGACUUUCUACGCGGACUCUUUCCAAUUCGCGCUGACCAUUCCACAGCAGUUUCAGUAGAUUCUUUAAAAUGUUGACCCCGUGUAGAGAGGGAGCUAAUAAUUUGCCAUUUAUUUCGCUAUAGAAUCGUAGCGCGCGUUCAGUGAUGCCAAAAAGAGAAUUAAAGGUCGAAAUUUGCAGUAGUGCUUAAAUUCGCCACUCUCGCAGCAGAUUUAAAAAAAGAAGGAAAUAUCAUUAGCCAAUGAGUCAAAUGAAACAGAAAAAAGUAGCAAGUUUAGAAAAAACGAAAAUCCGCUUAUUUUAACGUUACAACCAGUUUUCACUCUAACUACAAUUCUGGAAAAUCGAAAAAAAGGAACAUUUAAAUUUUGAAAAACACAAAAUAUCAGCGAAACACACGUACGACAGUUCAAAAUAGAAAUCAGAAAUCGUAUCUUAAAACGAAUGAAAGCAGCCAAUUAAAGAGAAAGAAA